GCCAUUUUGUAUUAGGAGCAUGUCAUUUAUUAAAACGUUUUUGAUGCAAUUUGGUACAGGUUUAUACUGCAGAGCAUUGCAUGUAGGCUAAAGCAUACAUUUUCAAUUAGCCUAUAAUAAGUGAACCUACUUAAACGGCGAUUGUUGAAUUUGUAUGGAUUUUAAUUUUUUUUGUUUGUUUGUUUUAUUACAGAUACCUUGCCACUGGGGACUCUUUUAGGUCCAUUAGUUUCAGUUACCGUGUGGGGCUCUCCACUGUAGCCAGCAUCGUCGGUGAGGUGUGUGUGUGGUCAUCUGGGACUGCCUGGUUGCGGAGUUCAUGCCUGUGCCACGCAAGGAUGACUGGCGUGCCAUUGCUGAUGGGUUCCUCCACAAGUGGGAUUUCCCAAAUUGUGUAGGUUCCUUCGACGGGAAGCACGUUGUGAUUCAGGCCCCCUCCAACUCCGGCUCACUGCAUUUCAACUACAAGCACACAUUUUCUAUUGUGUUGCUUGCAGUAGUUGAUGCAGACAAUUUGUUCCGGAUGGUGGAUGUGGGUGGCUAUGGGCGGAACAGCGACGGGGGAACUCUGUUCAACUCCCCUUUUGGUGAAGCCCUGAGGGAUGGCACUUUGGACCUGCCAGAGGACCGUGUCAUCACCGGAGCGGAACACAGGGGGCCACUGCCACAUGUGUUUGUGGGGGAUGAGGCCUUCCCACUGCGCCUCAACAUGAUGCAACCCUUCCCUGGUACUAACCUCGCCACAGACAGGCGGAACUUCAAUUACCGUCUCAGCCGUGCCAGGAUGGUGGUGGAGUGCACCUUCGGGAUCCUCUCCAGUCAGUGGAGGAUUUACAGGCGGGUCCUUGCUGUCAGCGCAGCAAAGGCUGAGGCUUGUGUGAAGGCCACCGUCAUCCUCCACAACUUCAUCCGGCUGCCGAGACCGAGUGGGGCCACUGACAUGUCUGAGCUGAGUGAGGAGGGAUCAGUGGGUCUCCAGGAUGCACCACGUGUUGGCAGCAACAACGCCGCCAGAGCUGCCAUUCGUGUGAGGGAGACAUUCUCUGCACAUUUCAGUGCAGAGGGUGCUCUAUCCGGGCAACUAUAACCGAUCAAACAAAGGCUCUUUUAAGAGCCACCCAUCUUGAUCAUAUAAAAGCAAUUUCCAAAUUGAAUGGGGGGGGGGGCUUUUUAAAGUACACAUUUUUCAUAGAACAAUAACACCGUAAUGUGAACCAUGGACUUCUACAAGUAUAUUAUAAUUUCCUCAGAAUUUGAACAUAAAUCCUUCUAAAGGGGUAUAUCACACGUAAGACAAUCAGUGUUAUAGAACAGUUACUGGUUAUUAUAGUAAGUAAAUGAUAGAACGACACUGGUUUGAUUAUCUUUAACUUGUUUAUUGAGCAAACAUAAAAAAAAUUAAAAGCAGUUCAGGGUGCUGCUUCG